AUGAGAACCCGUAUCUUUUGGGUAGUAUAUACUCUUGAUAGAGCGAUUUGUACCAUGAUGGGGCGUCCAAUAGGUAUCAGAGAUGAGGCCUGUGAAAUGAGGUUCCCGCUGGACAUGACAGACACAGACCUUCUCCAUCCUGACUCCUACCACAAUGGAGAACAAGAGCCACCGUCACACAUGUCACACUCGAUCCAUCUUUUCAAACUAGCCAAGAUGAACUCAGAGAUAAAAUAUGUCAUGCACAGCAUUCAACGUGAGGUACCGAGCUAUGCCUAUCCCCCAGUUCGGGAUAUCUUCGCAUGGCAGCGCGAUAUGAUGUCAACCCUUAAGAACUGGAAAUCGACAAUUCCACAAGACACAGCUAGUGAAGAUACAAUGUCCAAGCUAUGUACGGCCAGAUAUCACGAAACAAUGGUGUUGCUAUUGCGACCAAGCCCAGCAAUCCCAAACCCAUCGGAAGAGAUGCUUGAUCUGUGUUUUCAUCAGGCGGUAGAUCUCCUGCAAAUCUUUGGCGACAUCUACAGGGCAGGAAGUCUACUCUAUAGUCGACUCCUUGUCCACUCGGUAUUCCUUGGGGCUCUUGUAUUACUCUACUGUAUCUGGAAACUACCGAGAACUACCGCCAAGGUGCGUGUCGAUGAGCUCAUGUCGAGCCUCACUAUGGCGCAGAACAUACUUAGUAGUAUUGGAGAACACUGGAGCGAGGCUACUCGGGCACGGGAUUGCAUUGACGAGUUGUCCCGUGUGACAAUCGAACGGCUCUUGAGGAACCGACCAGCCGUCGAAUCACACACAGAAGUCGACAGAACGCAGCCGCGAGCUGGAGGCAUGCAGAGUUCAUUAUCUGCGCAGCACCAUCAACUGGCAGGAUAUAAUGGCAUUCCCGAGGGGUACGGCAACUCCGAGCAAAACCCUGGAUUAUUAGCCCUUCCUCAAGAAUAUCGGGCAGAAGAAAUUUCUCAUCACUUCAAUUUGUUUGAUGAUCUUCUGCAGGGCGACUUUCAAGGUUGGAGUGGAAUGCCCGAUAUUGAUGGGCUGAUGUGGGAGGUUUUCAACAGCUCACCACAGUAA